AUGGUGUUGGCCAAACAGAGAGCUGCUGCUGGUGCCGGUGGGCAUCUGAAUCUGAAGAGCAAUCUGCUGUGCAGUCAGUGUACUACAUCCGAUACAAGCAAAUGUCCUCCGAGUGAAUCCUAUCCCCACAUGACUGCACAUGAUGAUUCUCUCAUCGCAGCUGCUUUAAAAUCCGAUUAUGUCAACUCAAAAGACAGAGGUGUUUAUUCGGUACCAGAUAUUAAAGGCGGCACCUCUUCUAAAUAUAAUUCUUACUACGGCUGGGAGUCUACUUCUGGUUCAGCUUCAGGUUAUCAUAGGUAA